UCCACCCUCUCCUGAUGCAUUGGCUCAUCUCUCGCAGGGUUCUUGCUUCAGUGUUUGUGGUUUUGCUCCCAAUGAGCCAUGCAGUGUAGUUCUGUCUGAACAUUGGCAAGAGCCGCAGGGACCAGCUUCUGCUGCAGCAAAGUCAUUCAACGGAAUGCCUUCGAAAGUGAAAAUUCCUCUAAUAUUUUCGCUCCUGUUUCUAAUAAUCAGUGUGUCGGUUAUUUUUGCAAUUGCUUAUGUACAAAUACAUCAAAAGCGAUCCCUCUCUCCUGGACUGAAGUAUGGGAUAGUUCUGGAUGCAGGAUCAUCUCGGACCACGGUAUAUGUGUAUCAGUGGCCUGCUGAAAAGGAAAACAAUACUGGAGUGGUAAGCCAGGCUCUGAAGUGCAAUGUUAAAGGUCGGGGAAUAUCCAGCUAUGCUCAUGAGCCAGAGAAAUCUCCCAAGAACAUUGAUGACUGCAUAAAGAAAGUAAAAGAAGUGAUUCCAGCAAAUCAACAUAACAGCACCCCUGCUUAUUUGGGAGCCACUGCGGGAAUGAGACUGCUAAAGCUGAAAAAUGAAAGUGCAGCAAGAGGAGUCCUUGCCAGUAUCCAUGACUACUUCCAAACCCAGCCCUUUGAUUUCAGAGGCGCUAACAUCAUAUCUGGGCAGGAAGAAGGGUUAUACGGAUGGAUUACUGUCAACUAUUUAAUGGGAAAUUUCUUGGAGAAAAAUAUAUGGAGAGCCUGGGUACGCCCUGAUGGAGCCGAAACCACAGGAGCGUUGGAUCUAGGAGGUGCAUCUACACAGAUAUCAUUUCUCCCAGAAAAGUCAGAACAGAAUCCCAAUAGCACAGUGGAAGUAACAUUGUAUGGGUAUCUGUACAACGUGUACACGCACAGCUUCCAGUGCUAUGGACGAGAUGAAGCAGAGAAGAGGUUUCUUGCUUCAUUAGCUCAGGAUCCCAAGCUCAAAUUCUAUGAAAAUCCAUGCUACCCUCGCAACUACACAGUAAAUUUAUCAAUGGAACAUACAUUUGGAAGUAUGUGUACUGCUCACUUUCGGCCAGCUAAUUAUGAUCCAAAUCGACUCAUCACAUUUAAGGGAACAGCAGAUCCAGUUCUGUGCUCUGAGAAGGUGUCUUCUCUCUUUGAUUUUACCUCAUGCCAAGGCAAAGAAAACUGUUCAUUUGAUGGCAUUUACCAACCCAAGGUGAAAGGAAAUUUCUCGGCUUUCGCAGGAUUGUAUUACACUACGAGUGCUUUAAACCUGACUGGGUAUUUCCAGUUAAAUCAGUUCAACUCAAGCAUGACUUCAUUUUGUGCCAAAGAAUGGAGCCAGCUUCCACACAUUUUACAUAGGUUUGAAGAGACAUAUGCCCGAUCUUACUGCUUCUCUGCUAAUUUUAUCUAUUAUCUCUUGGUCCGUGGAUACAAGUUUGAUAAUGAAACAUGGUUGCAUAUUAAUUUUCAAAAGGAGGUUGGCAACAGCAGCAUUGCUUGGUCUCUUGGCUAUAUGUUAACCCUCACAAACAUGAUACCUGCUGAAAGGCGUCUCAUCAUUCUUCCCAUGAGCUUGUCUGUGUUUACUGGACUUCUCACCUUGUUCACUGUAAUAUGUGCAUUAUGUCUGAUAGUACUUCUUAUAUUAUUUGUCAGGGCACGUAAUAAAUGAAAAUAGACUAUUUAAAAAACAUUUGCUUGAACAAUCGCCUUGCAACAAGUGCAUAUUGUCCUAUGUUUUAUACAGUUUGUCAAGCCAAUGGACGGUCAUGCCUCUCCUCAGAAUUUGGGGACUAUUGCAUCUCAGGGAGCAUGAGCUGGAAAAUAGUUACUAAGUGAUUCAUUUAUUUGGGGCCAGUGUUGUGUGCUGAAAUCAGAAGCAGAGAGGAACACGCUGAGGUUAACCUUUGUAUUCCUUGGGGGGGUAUCAAAUUGGUAUCCCCACAGUGAUGACUCCCACCCUUGUCCUCAAUAAAAAUACGUUAAUUAUAAAUGAAAACUUUGUUGAUUUUAAAAGGCAAUUAAAGCCCUUUCAUACGUCUUUUAUUUUGUUUGUAGUAAUGCAGAGUGCUGCUGCACUGCUUUCUGCAGAAAGUGGCCCUGUUAAUCUUUAAUGUUGGUUAACCUUUGACUUACUGCAUGUUUACAUUCAGCCAGCCUGACACUCUUUGCCUGGGAUAGUACAUGUGCUUGUUGGCAUGUAUAGUAUGGUAGUCCCAUAACUUUCGCCCAAUGAUAAAUACAAUUCUAAAAAUCCCAUAAGAAUGAAUAGAAUGUGGGUGAGUUUUUUUUUAAGCUCUAAACUCACAGUUUGGUAAAUCUGCCCCUAAGGCUCAAAAUAGGCCCUGUCAUUUCAAGUACUCUAAGAUCCCAACAGUCCCCCACAGGCCCAAUAAAUAGUCUAUGGCACCAUAUAGUGGCGCUGAUUAAAUUUGGUAGAACCUACAGUUCUGAAUUAGGUAUUUUGCCUAAGAAGUGGGUUUUGAAGAGUAUAUUGGCUGCAGAAAUAUGCAGUAUAAUAAACAAUAUUGGCCACUUUAGAUUUACCUUAUAAGUUAACACUGUGGCUUUUAUGAUCCGAUUCGUGACAGUACUGUUACCUAUUAGUAGUACAGAGAAUUAAUAUGGCCUUUCUGUAAUGUGAAAUAAAAUGCAUGCCGUUAAA